AUGAUGCCAGAGGGCGAAGGUGGUGUGUGCUACAAGCAGCCUUUGGCGGUGAAGGAGAAUUAUCAGAUGUGCGAUGUGACAAACCGAAAGAUCCUCGACCAGCUCAAGGAAAGGAAACCACAAGUUACGUUUUCCUGCAAGGCCGAUGACCACACCUGUAACUUUCAAUUUUGGGUUGACCAGAAAGAGUCCUUCUAUUGCUCGUUGGAUACGUGCGGUUGGAAUAUGGAUGUUCAAUAUGACCAAAAUUCAACAACUUACAAGUGCGACCAUGUUAAAUGUCGAUGCAUUCCUGGACGAAUGCUUUGUGGCGAGGAUGGCUCCAUUGAUAUAGGAGACUUUCUCAAAGAAGAGAUUAAAGGCCCUGCUACCUUUUCCUCACUCUCAACUCGAGGUGGAAGCGAUAAAGACGGCAGCACAUUCCAGGAACCUGCUAUGGAUAACCUGAUAAAAAGCGUUUUUGGUGAUCCGAGUAUUUUCCUCCAAUGCCAUGCCGGAGAGUGUCUGUACAAGACCGACGUACCGGGCUACAAGACCCCCGUCAAAGCGAUCAACACACCUUUGAUUGCCGGUGUAAUUGCUGGCUGCGCCUUGUUUAUUGUCGCAGUUAUCCUACUUAUUUGGUAUCUCUCCAGGAGGACCAGUUACCACAUGUACUCCGCUAUACAACUAACGGAUGACUCGGACGAUGAAAAUGGGAAGCUAAUGACUGAUCACAAGCCUGCUGCCUUGCAAUUUGAGAACGUCUCUUAUUAUCUUAACGGCAAGCAAAUUCUUUCCGGUAUCAAAGGCAUCGCUCGCCCUGGGCAAGUAACCGCCAUUAUGGGCGCUUCUGGGGCGGGAAAGACGACUUUUCUUGAUAUUCUGGCAAGAAAGAACAAGCGUGGCGCUGUCAAAGGAGACUUCUACGUAAAUGGAGAAACUGUGGCUGAUGACGAGUACCGCAAUGUUGUGGGUUUCGUUGACCAAGAAGAUACGAUGCUGCCGACCCUUACUGUGCACGAAACUAUUUUGACCAGUGCCCUUUUGAGGCUCCCAAGGGAUAUGAACAACGUUGUGAAAGAGCAAAGAGUAUUUGAAGUAGAGAAACAGCUGGGCAUCUACCAUAUUAAAGACCAAAUUAUUGGCUCUGCGGAAGGCAAAGGACGUGGCAUAUCUGGCGGAGAAAAGAAACGAGUCAGUAUUGCAUGCGAACUGGUUACUAGUCCCAGCAUUCUGUUUCUCGACGAGCCCACUAGCGGCCUAGACGCAUUCAAUGCAUUCAACGUUAUCGAAUGCCUCGUAAAUCUUGCAAAGACUUAUAACCGAACCGUUAUCUUUACUAUACAUCAACCUAGAUCCAAUAUCGUCGCCCUCUUCGAUCAAUUGAUUCUACUAGCGAAAGGGAAAACUGUAUAUUCGGGCUCUUUUCAAGGCUGCCAGCCGUAUUUCGACCAUAUCGGCUACGCUUGCCCACCCGGAUUCAAUAUUGCAGAUUACUUAGUGGACCUUACCAUGCAUGCUAGCUCCACACGUUCACACGAAGAGCCAACCAUCAACGUUGAUGCUCCAACGGAUAAUUUCAGGACGCCAUCAAGUAGCUUACGUGCAGUAAAGUCAGUUGCCAGUGUUUCAAACGCAAGCCUCGACAAUAGCAUCAUUGAAAACGCCCAUGACUCUGCCGCACCAAAAGCAAAACGUCGGCAGUCGCUUAGGCAACGGCAAGAGAGACAGCUCUAUACUCGAAAGAAAACAUCUGGUAUAGAAUCACCUGCUGCGUCGCGAACGGAUGAGGAAGAAAUCGCAAUUGGGAACUUGAACAACAGUACGCAGCAGUGGGUUCAGCUCGCUCGCCAACAGAACAAUGUGCCUCCACAGGUUCUCGACGACCCUGACCAUCUUCCCCCCAUCGCUGCUGGAUAUAUUACUGACCUUGACAUUAUCAUCUCGAAUUAUGCAUCGUCCGGUGUCGCAACCUCAAUUGGGGAUGAAAUUGCUUCCGAGGUGGAACGGGCUCGACUUGCAAAUGGAAACUCUGAUCCCGCCGCACAACAAGGCCUCAACGGAUCCGGAAACCACAUGAGUGGGUACACACGAGUUGGUUUGUUCCGCCAGUUUAUCAUUCUUUCGAGGCGUACAUGGAAGAAUCUAUAUCGCAACCCCAUGCUCAUGCUCACGCAUUAUGCUAUUGCUAUAUUGCUUGCUGUCCUAUCAGGAUAUCUAUUCUACGGACUCACAGAUGAUAUAAAAGGUUUCCAAAAUCGACUGGGUUUAUUCUUCUUUCUCUUAGCUCUAUUUGGCUUCAGCACCCUCACCAGCUUAACGGUUUUCUCCUCUGAGCGCCUGCUAUUUAUGAGAGAGCGAGCCAACGGUUACUAUUCUCCUGUCACCUACUUCGCCGCGAAAGUACUAUUCGAUAUUAUUCCGUUACGAUUGAUUCCUCCAAUAAUAAUGGGUGUGAUAGUCUACCCCAUGGUUGGACUGAUAGCCGAUUGGCCAGAAUUCUUCAAGUUUAUCUUGAUUCUGGUUUUGUUCAAUUUAGCAGCCGCAGGCAUUUGCCUGUUUAUUGGAAUUGUCUUUCGCGAUGGAGGCGUAGCAAACUUGAUUGGAAGUUUAGUCAUGCUAUUCAGUCUUCUAUUUGCUGGACUACUGCUCAAUCAUGAUGCAAUCCCUAAAUCGGCAUUGUGGCUGCAAAGUUUAUCUAUUUUCCACUACGGCUUCGAAGCCUUGAUCGUUAAUGAAGUGACGUACCUCACUCUAAUAGACCAUAAAUAUGGCCUUGACAUCGAGGUGCCUGGAGCAUCUAUUCUUAGCGCAUUUGGCUUUGAUACGCUAGCGUUAUGGGGUGAUGUAACUGGACUGGCUAUAAUUUCAGCCGCUUUUAUUAUCAUCGCGUACGGGGCCAUGCACUUCUUACUUAUUGAAAAGAGAUGA